AUGGCUGUGAAGCCUACGGCAGUAAAAACAUUUCAAACACGUCCGGAACGUCGCCGGGGAAUAACAGACCGACCAAUUCGUUUUCGAUCGUUUUUACAAAAUACCAUCUAUGAUGUUCUUAAAAAUCGUGGUUGGAUCGAAUCACGAGAUGAUGAAGAAUGGGAUUUUUAUUGGUGUGACGUUGGUUCGAUGAAAGAACUGUUCGAUCGAGGUUAUUUCGAAGAACAUAUGCGUAUUAAUCACUUUCGAAAUCAUUAUGAAUUAACUAGAAAAGAUUUAAUGGUGAAGAACUUGAAACGCUAUCGAAAACAAGUCGAACGAGAGCAAGGUCGUUCGGAAGCACAGAAAUGUGAUUUUUUUCCAACAACAUAUGUUCUUCCAUCGGAAUAUCAUCUAUUCGUCGAAGAAUUCAAGAAGAAUCCAGAUACAACUUGGAUUAUGAAACCAGCAGCACGUGCUCAAGGAAAAGGCAUUUUUCUUUUUCGUAAACUUCAAGAUAUAACCGCGUGGCGAAAAGGAGAAUACAUGACUGCAUAUGAUAAAGAACAAAAUCGUGAAGCGGUCGAAACUUAUGUCGUGCAAAAAUAUUUGGACAAUCCAUAUUUGAUCGGUGGAAAAAAGUUCGAUAUUCGAAUCUAUACAUUAGUUACAUCUUAUAAUCCAUUACGAGUAUGGCUCUAUCGUGAAGGAUUUGCACGCUUAUCCGGUACUCGUUAUACAUCGGAAAGCAUCGAAGAUACAUAUGUUCAUAUCACUAAUAAUGCUGUUCAAAAAACUGCACCAAAUUAUGAUCCGGAUAAAGGGUACAAAUGGUCCAUGGGUCGCGUUCGACAAUAUCUAACUGCUAAACAUGGUCAAGAUGCUGUUGAUGUCAUGUUCAGACAAAUGGACGAUAUAUUUAUAAAAAGUGUUCAAAGUGUCCAAAAGAUUAUGAUCAAUGAUAAACAUUGUUUUGAAUUGUAUGGUUAUGAUAUUCUACUUGAUGCAAAUUUGAAACCUUGGCUAAUUGAAACCAAUGCAUCGCCAUCAUUAACAGCAAGCAAUCAAGAAGAUCAUGAAAUCAAAUGUCGACUUUUAGAUGAUAUGCUCAAUGUUAUCGAUAUGGAAGGACGUUUGACAGGAAAAGAGAAACGCAUUGGAGGUUUUGAUCUUAUUUUUAAUGAUGGGCCUGUUUAUUGUGAUGAAAGUGGCGUAGAAACAUUCAAUCUCAACACUUUACGCUUAAAUAGUUUUCUUGGUUGUUCUAAUGAUCGAGUUGUACAACUUCGACAUCUUUAUCGACAAAAUCAAUUGAUAAAACGAAUGGAAAAGGCUGCAGCUGCAGCAGCGGCUACGAAUUGA